UGAAGAAUGACACGGAGAUCUGGGAGCGGAGCCUGCCGUGCCUGCCAGGCGCAGCUCCGCCUCCCGGUCCCGGCUGCGGGGGUGGCGGGGCGCUUAUCCCGGGACGGGGCUCAGCCGCGGGGUCCGGGACGGCGCCGCCGCCGCGGGCAGGACAAGAUAGGGUGAAAAGAAUCCUGUGCUUCAGGACAGUUACCAAUGACCAGCCUCAGCUUCCUUUUCUAUGCACUGGAAGAAUGGACUGUUGUGGAGUUCCUGAAGAAAUACCUUUUUCAUCUGAUCAUUGCCUCACUGACAAUUAGUGCAAUAUUAGUUUUUUUUAUAGUUCCUUUAACAAUUGUGGUUUUCAUUUACCUUACUAAUAUUUUGCUUUUAAUAUAUCAGAGGAACAAUGAGUUAAAAGCAGAUCCCUUGAGUGAUGUUUGGAAUCGUGUAAGAAAAACUAUAGCGAGCUUUUGGGAUAUAUAUGCAAGAGUAUGGCACGGUUAUGAGCUUCAUGGUUUGAAAAACCUCCCAGAAGGACCGGGUAUUCUUGUGUAUUACCAUGGAGCUAUUCCUAUAGACUACCUUUACUUUUUGUCUAGACUGUUUCUGUGGAAGAGAAGACUUUGCCUGUCAGUAGCUGAUCAUUUUGUGUUUCGUUUGCCAGGACUUAGAUUAUUGUUGGCAGUGACGGGUGUUAUACCAGGUACGAGGGAGGAGUGUCUUGAUGCCCUGAAGAAUGGGUACUUGGUGUCCAUCUCACCAGGUGGAGUUCGAGAAGCUCUGUUCAGCGAUGAAAGUUAUCAGCUUGUGUGGGGAAAUCGAAAAGGCUUUGCUCAGGUCGCUCUAGAAGCAAAAGUGCCCAUCAUUCCAAUGUAUACUCAAAAUGUCCGUGAAGGCUAUAGGAUGUUUAAAGAAAGAAGAUUUUUUAGGCAGUUAUAUGAAAGCACUCGAUUGCCUUUUACUCCUCCAUACGGAGGACUUCCAGUUAAAUUUCGCACAUACAUUGGGAAGCCAAUCCCUUAUGACCCGAAUAUAACUGCAGAAGAAUUAGCUGAAAAGACAAAGACUGCUGUCCAGGCUCUCAUAAGCAAGCACCAAACAAUCCCAGGCAACAUAUGGAAGGCUUUACUGGAGAGAUUUGAUAAACGUCGUAAAAGUGAUUAGAAUGCUCAUGUUUAUUGCAUUGGUUUUACAGCAUACAGUAAAAAACAAUGUCCUAUAGCACUGGUGACAGUGUUAACCAGUUUAAAUUACAAUUUUCAACAGAUUUGGUGGAAGAAAACAAUUAACCUCUUGAAAGUUACCCCAUAUCUUUGAGAAUAUCCUGAAAUAAGAAAGAUUGAUGAAGAUUACUUAUGUAUAAUAGCAAUGCAUCAGCUAAAUUCCCCUGACGGAAAUCAUGCAGCCAAGAUUUUCCUGGCUGCUAAAACAAGUUUGUACUUAUAUCCAAGAGCUUUAGUGGUGUUGUCUAGAUCUGUGCGUUUGUGUUUUGAGUACAGUCUGGUCUGAGAGCAGGGCCUCAGGGCUGGUGUUGUCCCACCAGAGACCACCUCAUGGGGGGUACCUUCCCUGAUGACCCCAAGGAAGACAUGUUAGAACAAACUGUCUUGCUUUAGAUUAUCAGCUACUGCUUACACUAUUCUCCUACAGACUACAAAAAGAGACAAUCCCAUUAAAACGGAUGUUAGACUCCUUCAAACACAUUAGCUUACUAGUGCGUACCCUGGAAAGCAGAACUGUUUGCAUCCAAGAAUUCUUCCCCACAGAAAAAGGUUUCUCAAAGACAGGGGGAAAAAAAGAUUUAGUUCAGUGUAGAAAACAUUGCAAAUACAUGUAGAAAGUAGUUUCAAGUCUGAUCUGGUUUGUGCAUUCUCUAUUGCACCACACCAUAGCUGUUUAGUGGAUGAGGUUGCCCCAGCCUGAAAACCCCUGGAUAUGGUGUGUGCAGUAUGGUUGUCCUGUAUUUACUCAAAUCUCCCAGUGAACAGUCUCAGGGGGAGCUUUCUCAGGCAAUGCAUCUUUGAGGCUUAUCAUCAUUGGUGGUUUGCCUAAAAAUGCAGUACUGCAACACUGCCAGUACACAUUGAACCAAAAUGCCUGUCUGGAAAGGCAGUCUUGUCUUCCUAAUGCAACUUGUGGAAAACUGAAAGUUAAUACAAAGCAGAAUGUGUUUUUACAGGAUGUUGUUACUGGUGGGAGUGGGACAACUUUGUGUUAUCUAUCGAAUAUGCCACUAAAUGCCACCGAGUCUUAACUUCAAAGACCAAGAUAGGUAAUUUUUGUGCCUCAUUUUCCUUCAUGUACUUUUAAUAUGUAUAUAAUCUUUCAACAUCCUAAAAGGUUACAUAGCAUCUAAGGAAAUAUAGGUAAUGUUUGCCCAUUUUUCAGUAGAAAACUAAAUCUGCUCAUUGGAUUAAAAUAAAUUAUUCCCUGACUCUGCCUCUUCACAAGUAUUUCUUGCACAUCUGGUGAAGGGAGAAGGAUGGACUGGUGAGUUAUUUCCCUGGACCAAAAAGACAGGAAUACUGUCAAAUCCUGUCAACCCUCAAAUCUGUCUUAAGAUACAGGCGUCUUUACUUGAACACCUUCACUCUAACUGCAGUAUACAGGCAGAAAGGUUUUUCUCCCAGCAGAGGCUCAGCAUGCAUAGGAGAUGAUGAACUAAGCAGAUCAAGAUGCAGGCUGAUAUGCCUGGACAUAAGCAGGUAUUCAAACCAUGAAGUGUUACAUGCUGCACUGCAGCGAUACAAACUAAAAUUCAAAGCCUGAGCUUUCAAGGGAGAAAAGGAACUAAAGGAAAAGGUUAUAGAAUACUAAAAUGGACACAGAUGAAGAAGCAAGAGGAAUUAUAAGUAACCUGAGUCUGAAGGCUUUUUUUGUAUUGCAGAAACUGUAGAAGGACUAGACAGAAUCAUUGUCUGACUAUCCUGUUUUUCAAGUACGUUAAUGCCAUCAUGGAAUGGGUCCAAAGAAGGGAAGUGAAGCUAGUAAAGGGUCUGGAGCACAAGUCUUAUGAGGAAAAUCUGAGGGUGGUGGGGUUGUUUAGCCUGGAUAAAAGGAGCCUUUGUGGGGACCAACACCUUACCUGAAAGCAUGGUUGUGGCCAGGUGGGAGUCGGUUUCUACUCCCAGGUAACAAGGGACAGAACAAGAGGAAAAGGAAGCUGUGCUGGGAAAGGUUUAGAUGGGAUAUCAGUAAAAAUUUUUUCACUGAAAGGGUUGUCAAGCAUUGAAACAGGCUGCCCAGGGCAGUGUGAAGUCACAAUUCCAGGAGGUAUUUGGAAGAUGUGUAGAUGUGGCACUUGUGGAUAUGGUUUUGUAGUGGGCUAGGCGUACUUAGGUUAUUGUUUGGACUCAAUGGUCUUAAACUUCCUUUCCAACUUAACGAUUCUGAUUCUGUGACAAGUUAACUAACCACUUUAGUAAUCAGAAUUUGCACAGCCUCUCAAAUGCCAUGCUCUCUGAUAUAUGAUGCUAGGAGCUGUGCUGCAACUCACAAUGAAGCACUAACCUUGGGCAGGAGAUAUGUAAUCAGAGUGCUAAUUAUCUUUCAAAGCAGAUAUUUCUGUCUCUAUCUGUCAGAGUUCUGGAUGACAUCUAUCUCCUCUAUUUCAGCAGUGGUUUAUAUUUUCUAACAAGGUUUAAGGUUUUCCUGGGCUAUUACAUCUUCUAGGAGCACCACUCUGCAGCUUCUCUGAGUAAAAAAUAAUUUCUAUUUUUUGUGUUUCUAUUUUCUAUGUUGUCCUCUGUCACAGCUGUCUAAGAGCAUUUUCUGGGGUCUCAAGAUGAUAGACAAAAUUAUUACUGAGAAACGAGAGAUUUUGAAUGAUAUAUGUUAUUUUACUAAUAAAAAAUUGUAAACAAUUUUUUCCACAAACAUUAUAGUACUGCUGUAAUAAUAAGCAGUUAUAUUAUUUUAGUGGCGCACUCUAGAUUUUUACUCUUUUUACAGCAGUAUUCUAGAAACUCCAACUAAAAACUGGUGUUAGAGAAAUUAGAGUUCUUGUCAUACAAAUAGAAAUGUAAUUGCAGAUCACUCCCUUGGUGCACUUAUUUUUUAGCCUCUCCAUCAUACAACAGAAAAAGAAA